AUGACUACUCCACCCAUACCUACUGGUUCGGAAAUGGGCGCCGUACUGCCUAAUUUGGCACGGAAGUCUAAUAAUAAUCCACAGGGAUCAAAUAAUCCAAUAGCCGCGUUUCCACGGACUCAAGUGAAAACUGAACUGGUACAACCGCAAAUAAAAAGUGAACCACAAGUGAAGAUUGAAGGGUAUGGAUCUGGACCUGGACUUGGUCCUAGACCUGGUUCUGGUCCCGUCCCCGGAACCAACCCUGGGCAUGGGGUUCAGAAGAGUUCAAUAGCGCCACCAAUGGCUACUCCUAUGGCCACUUCAAUGUCCACCCCCGUGCAAAACAAAUACCUUAAAAUCCAACCGGCUAUAGCGAUCAAACCUAAACCUGUACCCAUUGCCAUGCUUCCGAAACCCACUCAAUCCUAUAGUUUUGAUCCAACUCCAACUCUCAAGACAAGCAUCCAAUUGAAUGUAAAUACAUCUAAAAAGUGGGUUUUACCUCCUAGGCCUAGACCAGGACGUAAACCUACUUGUCUGUCAAUAUCAGCAGAAGAUGAACAAUGUGUGCAAUCACCACUUGUAGAGCAACCAAAGAAGUUCAGUCCUAAAAAGAAACUUAAAACCACCAAAUAUGACGAAGUUAGUAGUGAGUCGAAGGCUCAAAUCAUUAAUCAACUACAACAACAGUAUCCAAAUGCAAAGAGACAGCAUUCACAUACAACUGCAGCACAAUCGAAUUCAUCUCCAUCUCAUUCAAUCCCAUCUGCGAUGGGAUCGGGAAAAUCUAAUCCAACCACCACUGCCAACACUUCAACUUCAAAUGGUAACCCAAAUAUAAAUAAUAAACCUUCUGUAAAUACCGAUUCUUCAGUGAAGAAUCUCAAACUUUAUUAUUUAUCGAAAAUUAAAGAACAAGAACUCGUGAAAAAUUAUAUUGAAGUGAUCAAUAAGCAAAUCAAAGAGCUUCGAUUUGUUCAAAAUGGGGUGAUAACCUUCGAUGCACUUAAUACUAAUGAUAAAAAACUUCCACAAUAUAGAUCGAUAAUGCAAACUUCAACAAAUAGCCAACAUACACUGACUAUGUCAUUACCACGGCAACAGCAACAGCAGCAACAAAUACCAUCUACCAAUCAACAACCACAGCAAACACCAUCGACAAGUCAACAACAACAACAGCAACAACAACAAUCUUCAAUACUGGGCCUUGGGACGUCAACCUCGAGUUCAAAUGCAUUUCUCACUCAAUAUGAACAGCUUGAAAGAAUAACCAAUUUGAACGAUUUGAACAAAUUUUUAGGAUACCUCACGAAAUCUUCCAGUAUAAUUCAUAGUGUUACAAAGAAUUAUUCUGGUUCGGAUGAGAAUUUAGAUAUUCAAAUCAAGAAUUAUUUGGAUGGGAAGAAAAAGGAUAACGGCGCAGGUAUCAAUACUCAUAUUGGCGUUGAUAAAAGAGUUGGAAGUGUUUCCAACGGGUCUCAUGGUAAGCUAGGAAAUAAUGUUGUUGGAAUAGGACGUAGUAAGGAGCCACAAUCAUCCACAUUUAAGGCAUCUACUAUAUUUACCAACCAAAUGGGGAUUCCAUUAAAUCCAAUCGAAGAAUUGAAUUAUGAUUUCUCAGAUGAUGGGAUUAAUUCCAUGAUGGACCAACCAGUUACUAUUGCCCCUGAUGAUGAGCAACUCUUUACCAUUAAUGAAUUAGAUGAUUAUAUAUUGGUUGAUAAAUCAAAGCCAGUGAAUUCUGAUAACAACAUUACAACCCCAACCGUCACAUCAACAUCGACAUCAGCGUCCAGUACGGCCACUAUAACCGCUACACAUCCAUCAUCAUCAUCUCAGCGAAGCAUACUCCCGCAGGCCGAAGAACUUACGAAACAAGCAUUUAAGAAAAGAUCAGGGAAGAAAUCUAAACGAUUUUCAAGUUGUGGAUUUUGUACUAAUGAUACUCCAUGUCUAUGUUUAGAUGCCGAGAUUGAAAUCAGACAAUUACAAAAGAAAUCAAUGAAGUAA